AUGGUUAAAAUUCUUUAUGAUUUGAAUAGUGGAGCUGAAGCUAUAAGAAUAGGAUAUGACCUUUUGAGGCAAGGAAAAUGUGUGGCAUUUGUAUUUACUGGAGUAGUUAUGGCUAGAGUGUUAGUAGAAAAAGCAUCUAAGUUAUCUAAACCUGAUAAUUCACCUGUUAGUGCCUGUGCAUAUUAUGGGGAUAUGGAUGGGAAGCAAAGACAAAAUACUUUUCCAAUAUUAAUGAUGCCUGGAGCAAACUUGACUGUGUGCUUAUACAAAUAUAGUGGAA